AUGGCCUCCCUGUCCUUGUCCGGCGACGCCUCCGCCGCCGCCGACCGGGCGCUUGCGGCGCGGCGCGUCAUGGACGAGCGCAUGGCGGCCCGCGCGAGGGAGGCGGAGGAGAAGAAAGCGGCCCGCGCAGCUGCCGCGGCGGACGCCGACGCCUCGGUCGCCGAGUUUGAGCAGGCCUUCAGCAGAGCGAACACAGCCGCGCUCGAUCAGCUGGAGGCGGCGGAUAGCGACGGCAUGGAGGCGUGCGCGGCGUCGGUGGCGGCUCUGCACGCGCUCAUCGCCGCCGCCGCGUCUGGGCUCCCGCCCGCCCUUCUCGAGGCGUCGCAGCGCAAGGCGCAGGAGGCGGACGCCCGCCUGAGCGCUGCCAAAGAGCGACUCGCCCCGAAGAAGCGCUUCGCCUUCCGCAACCGCCUCGAGGGGAUGGCCGGCUUCCGCAAGCAGAGCGACUGCGAGUUGGUGCGGCCGGCGGGCGGCGACGGUCCCGGCGAGUAUUCCCUCGAGGAGUUGCAGCGCUGCCGCGUCACGCUCCUCUCCUGGAGUCGCGCGUUCUGGCUGCGCAACCUCACCGGGUGCACCGUCCUCGCCGCGCCCGUCGCCGGAGCUGUCUACGUCUCGGACUGCGCCGACUGCACCCUCGUGCUCGGCUGCCGCCAGCUGCGCGGGUGCGACGCGCUCUCCUUUGCGCCCUACCCGCCGCUGCCGCCCUCCCUCCCCGGCGCGCUCGAGGCUGCCGGGUUGCGCGCCGACGCAAACCUUUGGGACAGGGUCGACGACUUUCACUGGAUCAAGGCGCAGCAGUCGCCCCACUGGGCAGUGCUGCCCGAGGCGCGGCGUAUCGCAGAGUUCGAUUGGACCAGACCCUAGUAGCUACAGACUCGAGUGGCGGCCAGACUCGAUUGGUGGGGAAGGCGGGAUGAGUCCACGCGGAGGAGGUGCGCGUUUUCCGGACGGGGAUGGUGCGCUUCACCGACGCCACCGUUACACGCAGAGAGAACCGCGCGCGGGGCCCAACCCGCCACUCUGAGAACGAGAUGGUGCGUGCCGUGCGCGUAUCUCACGCCCUCGCUCCUCCGCGAAAGUCUCUUUUUGCUCACGCGAUGAACAUAUGGCUUGUGGGCUCUUCUAGAGUAAAGCCGACAGCACACGUAGUAGUAAUGAGUAAAUUUUCGU